GAAGAACAACAGCAUGGGAGCGAUUCAGUUUUGUUUACUAAUACUUGUUGUUGUUUCAACAGAAUCAACGGAAUCCGUAAAAUUUUCUGUGCGCCUUGUGAACGGCACCAAACGUUCGGGUAUGGUUGAGCAACUUGUUGGAUCGACAUGGGAGUCAUUAUGUGGAGGUGUGUGUUGGACAGCCGAAAAUGCUCGUGUCACCUGCAAAGAAUUGGGAUUCCAAGGAGGAAGUCGGCCUUCCGAGGACAGGAGAGUUAUUGGUGAUUAUGCUGCGGGAAGAUAUUACUGCCAUGGAAACGAAAAUUAUUUACGCAAUUGUGAUCAGAUCAGCAAUUGCUCACCAACUCCAUGUAUAUACGGGGCUCAAGUCAUUUGCCAAGAUAAAGAUGCAACAAUCAUGUUUCUGCAGCACAUACUGCACCAAUCAUCAUUAGAUGUCUGA